CGCCCCCGGCCUUAAAUGUGCGCGGGCGCCGCGAGCAGAAGCGCAUCUCCGGAGCUCCGCAGCGAACGUGGGAACGGGGCGGUGGCGGCGGCGGCCCGUGGCGCAGGAUGUGUGACCGGAAUGGCGGCCGGCGGCUGCGGCAGUGGCUGAUUGAGCAGAUCGACAGCACCAUGUACCCGGGGCUGAUCUGGGAGAACGACGAGAAGACCAUGUUCCGGAUCCCCUGGAAACAUGCCGGCAAGCAGGACUACAACCAGGAAGUGGAUGCCUCCAUCUUCAAGGCCUGGGCCGUUUUUAAAGGGAAGUUUAAGGAAGGGGACAAGGCCGAGCCAGCUACGUGGAAGACGAGGCUACGCUGCGCUUUGAACAAGAGUCCAGAUUUUGAGGAAGUGACAGACCGGUCCCAGCUGGACAUCUCUGAGCCAUAUAAAGUUUACCGCAUCGUCCCCGAGGAGGAGCAGAAAUGCAAAUUAGGUGUGGCGGCCCCGGGCUGUGUGAGCGAGGCCGUGGAGAUGGAGUGUGGGCGCUCUGAGAUCGACGAGCUGAUCAAGGAGCCUCCUGUGGAUGACUACAUGGGGAUGGUCAAGAGGAGCCCCUCGCCACCUGAGGCCUGCCGGAGCCAGCUCCUCCCAGACUGGUGGAUGCAGCAACCCAGUGCAGGCCUGCCGCUGGUGCCAGGGUACAGCGCCUACGACGCCCACCACUCAGCCUUCUCCCAGAUGUUCAUCAGCUUCUACUACGGGGGCAAGCUGGUGGGCCAGACCACCACCACGUGCCCCGAGGGCUGCCGCCUGUCGCUGGGCCAGCCCGGCCUUCCGGGCGGGAAGCUGUACGGGCCCGAGGGCCUGGAGCUGGUGCGCUUCCCGCCGGCUGACGCCAUCCCCAGCGAGCGGCAGCGGCAGGUGACGCGGAAGCUGUUCGGGCACCUGGAGCGCGGCGUCCUCCUGCAUAGCAGCAGGCAGGGCGUGCUGGUCAAGCGGCUGUGCCAGGGCCGCGUGUUCUACAGCGGGAACGCUGCGCCCGCCCGCGACCGGCCCAACAAGCUGGAGCGCGACGAGGUGGUCAGGGUCUUCGACACCAGCCAGUUCUUCCGAGAGCUGCAGCAGUUCUACAACAGCCAGAGCCGGCUGCCCGACAGCAGGGUGGUGCUGUGCUUCGGAGAGGAGUUUCCGGACACGACCCCACUGCGCUCCAAGCUCAUCCUCGUCCAGGUGGAGCAGCUGUAUGUCCGGCAGCUGGUAGAAGAAGCAGGGAAGGGCUGUGGCCCCGGCUCCUUGAUGCAGGCCCCCGAGGAGCCCCCACCAGACCAGGUCUUCCGGAUGUUUCCAGAGAUCUGUGCCUCCCACCAGAGACCUUUCUUCAGAGAAAAUCAACAGAUCACAGUUUAAGUCUCCAGGGCACCGCCGCCUUCCCACCCCCCACAGCUAGAAUCUCAUUAUUACAAUUACUAUCGGAUGUGAAGCCCCCUGGCCUGGGGUGGAGGGCUUCACCCUGCUCUUUGUUUGGUAAGGGCGUCCUGAGGACCCGACGGGGAACAGCACCAUGCCCACUUCUGUCACUCAGGUAGAAGCAUCGAAACUCAACCAGAUGCUCUGGAUGCUGAGCUGUGCCCUGCGGUUAGGACAUUCUUUCCUCCGUUUCCCUCUGAUCAUCGUUAGUUGCUAUGACUCUUUCAGCAUUUGGGGCUACCUGAUGUUUCCAGAGACCUAGCAUUCAGUUUUACUAGCAGGUAGCUGUUUCCAGGACAGAAAUCCUGGAAAAGCAGAAGACCGCUUUUGUUUUUAUCUUUGGUUAGAGCUAGAGAGUUAGGAUUCCAUGUGCUUGAUUCAGUGAAGUGUCUCUUUACCUUUUAAGCAUGUUGAUAAGAUUUAAAAACACCUGGAUACCAGCCUACCUUUCAAAAGUGAAAGCAGAACUCCUGGCUCUUUAGAAGAAAGCAUGUUUGUCUUAGAAUUUGGUGUCAGGCGUGCAUCUCCCUGCCAGGUGAGCUGGUGUUUCCAUCUUCAGACGGUGAAGACUUCCCUCUUGGGCCUUUGUUGCCAGGAAGCUUAGAGCUGAAUUUAUUUUUCAUUUCUGUAAUUAAAUCAUCCAAUAUAUGUCUCCUUCAUUCUCAGUGGUUUUGACCUAUUUUAAAAAUAUUUGUACUUUUCAUUAUCUUUUUUAAAUUAAUGGUUCUAUUGUAAACUGUCUUGAAUCUUUUUUAUAUAAAGUGGGCAGGAUAUAAACCACAAGUUCAAAAAUAA